AUGUCACAGACCAGGUUGUGGGAAUCAGAUCUAAACAGGGUAGAGAUGACGCCUGCAUAUUUCUUCGAUGAUUUCCCAUCAAGGGAUGUGUUUGAAGCAGCAUGCGACUUUGCAAGAGAAUACAGCAGUUUGCUAUGCGAAGACUCCAAAAAGAUUCAACUUAUAGUCAAGACUGAAAUUUAUGCACACAUGAAAGAAUUUCUCAGCCAUCAAAAAUAG